CCAGAAAUGGACGUUCGCCGGCGUCUGAGCAAGCAGCUUUGCCGGCCUAAUAAGGGCUCUGCGGCGGCGUGUGAGACUAUUAAGGCUCAUAAACAGCAAUAUCUUCUAGUGUCCUCGCCUAAGGCGUCGGAUGCCCUUCCCCUGCCGUUGUAUUUGACAAAUGGGUUGUUUUUCACCAUGUUCUUUACGGUGAUGUAUUUUCUGCUGGUGAGGUGGAGGGAGAAGAUCCGGAACUCUACGCCUCUCCAUGUGGUGACGUUGUCGGAGCUGGCUGCGUUGGCGUCGUUGAUCGCCUCGGUGAUUUACCUGCUGGGGUUCUUUGGGAUCGGGUUCGUGCAGUCUUUUCUGUACAGGGCGAAUCAGGAGGGGUGGGAUGGGGAGGAUGAGAGCAAUGAGCAGUAUUUGUUGGAAGAGGAUAGCCGGCGUGGGGCUUGUUCGGCUGCGGCGGCGGCAACUACUCUGGGCUGCGCUAUUCCCCCACCCACACCACCUGUUCGACGAAUUGCCUCAGUGGUUCCUGAGCAACCUGCGAAGAUCUCCAACGGCGUGGCUGAGAAACCAGCUCUCUUAAUUGCACCGGACGGGUCUGAGGAGGACGAGGAGAUUAUCAGCUCCGUUGUGGCGGGGAAAACUCCGUCCUAUUUGUUGGAAUCGAAGCUUGGGGACUGUAAGCGCGCCGCUUCUAUUCGCCGCGAGGCUUUGCAGAGGAUCACAGGGAAGUCGCUGGAGGGGCUUCCAUUGGACGGGUUUGAUUACGAGUCGAUUCUUGGGCAGUGCUGUGAGUUGCCUGUUGGGUACGUGCAAAUACCCGUGGGAAUUGCGGGUCCAUUGUUGCUUAACGGGUGCGAGUACUCCGUCCCAAUGGCUACCACCGAAGGCUGCUUGGUGGCUAGCACCAAUAGAGGUUGCAAGGCUAUCUUUGCCUCCGGCGGCGCUAACAGUAUCGUUCUCAGAGACGGUAUGACCAGAGCUCCGGUGGUUAGGUUCGGAACCGCCAAGAGGGCCGCUGAGUUAAAGUUCUUCGUUGAGGAUCCCGUGAAUUUUGAGACUCUCGCUGUCGCUUUUAACAAAUCAAGCAGAUUUGCCAGAUUGCAAAGCAUCCAGUGUGCAAUUGCUGGGAAAAAUCUAUACAUGAGAUUCUGCUGUGGCACUGGAGAUGCCAUGGGGAUGAACAUGAUCUCCAAGGGCGUCCAAAAUGUUCUUGAUUACCUUCAGACUGAAUACCCUGACAUGGAUGUCUUAGGCAUAUCUGGGAACUUUUGCUCGGACAAGAAGCCAGCUGCGGUGAACUGGAUUGAGGGGAGAGGGAAAUCAGUUGUUUGUGAAGCCAUAAUUAAGGAAGAUGUGGUUAAGAAAGUCUUGAAAACUGAAGUUGCUUCUCUAGUUGAGCUAAACAUGCUCAAAAACCUCACUGGCUCUGCCAUGGCUGGCGCUCUUGGUGGUUUUAAUGCUCAUGCCAGCAAUAUUGUCUCGGCUGUAUACAUAGCCACAGGCCAGGACCCCGCUCAAAAUGUGGAGAGCUCUCACUGUAUCACUAUGAUGGAGGCAGUCAAUGAUGGCAAGGACCUCCAUGUUUCAGUAACCAUGCCUUCAAUUGAGGUGGGCACAGUUGGAGGUGGGACUCAGCUUGCAUCUCAGUCUGCCUGCUUGAACUUACUCGGGGUGAAGGGCGCUAACAAAGACUCCCCCGGGACAAAUGCUAGGCUCUUGGCCACCAUCGUAGCAGGGGCUGUUCUCGCGGGUGAGCUAUCCCUUAUGUCUGCUAUUUCAGCCGGGCAGCUCGUGAAAAGCCACAUGAAAUACAAUAGAUCUAGCAAGGACAUGACAACGACCCAGCAGGCCUCCUCCUAAUCAAGCGCGCUUCGAGUUUAGAGCUGCUCUAUUUAACGUAACAGAAGUCAUGACUCUGGUUUCUAGUCUCCAUUCACCCUAGCCUCUAUCAUCUGUAAAUGG